AUGUGGAUACUGCCGUUGCUUGGAUAUGUGGGUGUCAUUUUGGGCUUCGCCUUCUUGACGCUUGCCAUAGCUUCCGGCCUGUACUACCUCUCUGAGCUUGUGGAAGAGCAUACCGUAUUCGCAAAGAAGCUACUGUACCGACUCAUCUAUGGCGUGGUCGGCAUCCAAAUCUUGCUUCUAGUCGUCGAUCGGUUUCCAGUCGGACUCAGCGCGUUAAGUGUUGUGUCGCAUGUCAUUUAUGCGCAGAACCUCAGGCGAUUUCCCAUUGUCAAGCUCACGGACCCACUGUUCUUGGUCUCUUGCGCCCUCGUCAUCGCAAACCACUAUCUUUGGUUUCGUCACUUCAGCGCUCCGCCAGCGAACACAUACUCUUCGUACUCAUACUCCCGCGACGUCAACAUUCCCACCUUUACCGAGAUCGCCUCUUACUUUGGCCUAUGCGUCUGGCUAGUUCCAUUUGCCUUGUUCGUCUCCUUGUCCGCUGGCGAGAACGUUCUUCCCUCAAUGGGCUCCGAGUACGCGACUGGAGACGGUAGCAGCUACAUCAUGCCAGGGAAAGCACCAGAGUCGUUUGGCAGCGGGACGGGUAUUGGAGUUGGCGGAGUGAGCAGUGGGAUGGAGGGCAAGAGGAGGGCAAGAAGUGGAACAAACGCGGGCAUGGCGAAGGCCGUUGUCACUGGCGUCAGGGAGUGGGCGAUGAGCCCUAACCGACCAGGUUGUGUAAAUUUGCCGGCUCACUUUCAUCCUAUCCUCGUAGACCGCAUUGUCAAUUUCAUCUACACAUCAGACUAUAGGUUCCUUCCAGGCUCAGAAGGCGGCCAACUCAAGCAGACCACCUUCAAAUUCUAUCAUGCAACUCUCAUCCCGAACGAGAUUCCACCCUCACCUGCCACAGUUGCCCUCGUCGGUAUUGCCGAAUAUGCAUACCAUCUCCACAUCUACGCCCUGGCAGAGGAAUUGGACUACAAUACACUGAGAUCAGCUGCGCACGCGAAGCUCGUCGAACUAUUGGUAUUCCGUUCUUCCAAUCCCGAAGUUCUCAAAGAGGCCAUCAAGACUAUCUUAGCCCCGACCGGGACCGCGGAGCGCAUCUGCAAAGACGAGGAUGGUGCGUUGCAGCAACUUGUCGUCGCGGCUGUCCUUGCACAAGAGGCUAAGCAUUGGACGGAAGUACAGCUUACAGGUUUUCUCGACAGUAUCCAAGAUCCAGCAUAUGGGGAUUUCCGUAAGAUCUAUACUACCGUCAAGGAAGACACUGAGGACCUCAUCAAGCAGGCCGCUAUCGCGAAGCAUUUGGCGGCAGAGCGCAAGAAGGACCGGGAACGUAGGAAGGCGGCUAACUCUAAGCGUGGCAACGACGGUAAGAACAGGAUCUUUGGGAGCGAUGGCUCGCCCAUGGGCGCCUUAGGUGCACGUCCCAUACCAUCGAAAGACAAGUUCAAACAAAGGUAUGAAGCGAAGCGUGGUGUUGCUAGGUCUGCAAAGGCGGAUAAAGACGGAGACAUGGAUAUGGAGGUUGACUAG